AGCCCCGCCUGCCCUGGCUCCGCAGACAGUGUGGGUGGGCACGGAGCCGGGCGGCCCAGAAGUGAGGGGACGGCCCGGAGCACAGCCAGGGCGGCCUGGCACCUGCGCGGACGGGCAGCAGAGGACCCGCUGGGCGCGGGCGGGAACCAGCGGCAUGUGACACAGGAAGAUAUGGGAGCUCCUGACCUUCCAGCGGAGGAAGUGGUGAGCCAGGCCCCCACCGGCGAGUGACGGGCGCGUGAUUCUGUUCUUCCAGCGGGCACCUGGCAAGUGGCUUACAGACUCUGGCAGGUGAACAGCCGACCCCGCCACACCCCAGAGCUGCUGAUCAAUGGACAGGAGACAGACACUCCCCUUGCUGACUUUUCAUAACCAGAAUGACAAAUGGGAGUCACACAAAGGGACAGCACCCUGGGGGUGGCUCUUUACAAAAGAGGGAGUUGAAGUCAAGGUCCUGAAGUUUGAGGUCCCGGUCUCAGAUCUGCCCUGUGGGCCGGCUGAGGCAGCACCACUCGGCCUGGGGACGAGGUCCGGCGACCUCAGACGUGCCAGCCAAGGGGAACGCCAGCAGGUUCGCUAGGUUCUGGGAGAGCACGCCUGGGGCUGGCGCGCCCUAUUCCUCGGAGAGGAGGGUGGGAAGGGCGCCAGGGGCGCGGCGUGUGAGCAAAACCCAGAGUGGACCCAGAAGUGAAAUCUGAUCAGGCGCCAGGAGAGGCGUGUGAGGCCCCAAACCACAGAGGAACCUUCGACCUUGAGCAGCCUCAAGUCGUGGCGGGCUCCUGAGGGGAAGGCAGCGCUGCCAUGGAGAAUCCCGUAGCCCCCCGCGUCCUCUUUCCCGGGGACGACGGCAACCCCGAGCCCAGGGACCUCCUGGCCCAGGGAGUGUGUGGCCAGGCUGGGGGCGGUGGCGCGCCCGAGGCUCCGGGAGAGGGCAGCCUGCAGCCGCCGGAUGCAGCUGCGGGGGAGGGCGCUGUGUCCCCGGCGCAGUCACCCUGCAGCCUCAGCGCGUCUCUGUGCUUCAGCUCCGGGGACGACUCCCCGCCGCAGUCCCACGCCUCCGCUCCUGAGGGCGCAGCGGCCUCCCCGCCCUCCUGUCGCAGCGGCCAGCGGGUGGUGGAGAGGCAGUGGGAAGUUGGCAGCUCCGGCGCCCUGUCGCCAGAGGACUCCGAGGAGACCGCGUUCCCGGAAGAGCCCGCGUCUCCGGAGGACCCCACGUCCUGGGAGGAGCUCGGGGACCCUGCGCCUGUACCCCCCGGCGUCGGGCCCGCGCACGGGGAGCCCGACCUGAUCAUCGAGGUGUCCGGCCGCCGGCUGCGGGCACAUAAGGCUGUGCUGGCGGCGCGCAGCGACUACUUCCGUGCGCGCGCGUCGCGGGACGUGCUGCGGGUGACGGGCGUGGGCUGGGCGGCGCUGCGGCUGCUGCUGGCCUACGCGUACAACGGGCGCAUGGCGGGCGUGCGCCCCGACAACGUGGCCGAGGUGGUAGCCGGCGCGCGCCGUCUGCAGCUGCCCUGCGCCGCGCAGCGCGCCACCGAGGCCGUGGCGCCGCAGCUGAACCUCGCCAACUGCCUGGAGGUGCUGAGCGCGGCCAAGAGGCAGCGGCUGACGGAGCUCCGGGACGCCGCCUACCGCUUCAUGAGCGACCACUACCUGGAGGUGCUGCGAGAGCCCGCGGUGUUCGGGCGCCUUUCGGGGGCGGAGCGCGACCUGCUCCUGCGCCGUCGCCUGCGCGCUGGCCGGGCCCACCUGCUGGCUGCCGCGCUCGGGCCGGCCGGGGAGCGAACCGGCAGCCGGCCGCAGAGCCCGUCGGAGGACGCGGAGGGCCGCGGGGAUGCCGCAGUCUACUGCUGGCAGGAGGAGGCUGGCGAGUGGCACGAGCUGACGCGGCUGCCGGAGGGCGCGCCCGCGCGGGGCUGCGGCCUGUGCGUGCUCUACAACUACCUCUUCGUGGCCGGUGGCGUGGCGCCCGCGGGCCCCGACGGCCGCGCGCGCCCCUCGGACCAGGUCUUCUGCUACAACCCGGCCACGGACCGCUGGAGCACCGUGCGGCCGCUGCGCCAGGCGCGUUCUCAGCUGCAGUUGCUGGCCCUGGACGGCCACCUGUACGCCGUGGGCGGCGAGUGCCUGCUCAGUGUGGAGCGCUACGAUCCGCGCGCCGACCGCUGGGCCGCCGUGGCCCCGCUGCCCCGGGGUGCCUUCGCCGUGGCGCACGAGGCCACCACCUGCAACGGAGAGAUCUACGUGUCCGGGGGCUCCCUGUUCUACCGCCUGCUCAAGUACGACCCACGCCGUGACGAGUGGCAGGAGUGCCCGUGCAGCAGCAGCCGCGAGCGCUCGGCAGACAUGGUGGCGCUGGACGGCUUCAUCUACCGCUUCGACGUGUGCGGGGGCCGCAGCGACGCGCAGUCGGCGGGGCCAGCCGGCGGGGUCAGCGUGCUGCGCUACCACUGCCUGGCCAAGCAGUGGAGCCGCUGUGCCGCGCACCUGCGGCCCCCGGGCGCACCGUCAGGCCUGCAGCCCUUCCGAUGCGCGGCCCUGGGCGACAGCAUCUACUGCGUGAGCCGCGCCGGCACCUGGCGCUUCGUGCCUCCGAGAGACCGGGAGCCUGGCUCGGAGGAGGGUGCGGGAGGCAGCUUCGAGGCCGAGGCGCUGGGUGCCCCCCUGGAUGUCCGGGGCGCCCUCUUCCCCUUCGUGCUCAAUCUGCCCGAGAAGCCAGACAGAGGCGAGGAGGGCCCCGAUUAGGGCGAGCUGGGGUCCCCUGGGCGUCUCCUCCGGCAGCCCUGAGAUAGGGAAGGCCUCCUGGGAGAGGAGGGUGAGAAUCGCCCGGGGAGCAGAAACCGGAGCGCAGAGUGUCCGCACUGGAAAGGGGGCGAACGGAGCGGUGGAGGGGAGGGGGAGAGCGGCAGGGUGGGCCGAGGGCCACAUGGUCGUUUAAGGCUUUGGCGUUAGGAGCUUGUGGCAGCGUCUCCAAGACUGCAGCGCUGUUUUGAGGCCCGCUUCGCCAUCCUGCGUUCCUUUUCUCUUCGCUUUGCUUGUCGGGGUAGAUGGUGUGAGAUGUGGGAUGCAUGAGGAUAGGUAACUGUACAGAAGGGAGCGGGGUGCCCUGGGGAGGGAUGACCAAAGGAGGAUGCGUCAGGGUGGGCGGACAGACCCACGUGUAUCCAGGAGUGGAGUGGAGUGUGCGGGAGGCCAGGCGGAGCCCUGUGGGGCCCCAGUGCUUACUGGGCCAUCAGCAGGCCGGGCAGAGCUGGUGCUGCAGGUGGGCCUCGGUGAACUGCAUGGGCCACCACCGGGAACCCACGGGUGUUUUUGCUGGAGGGUUAAAACGAAGUAAAGCCCUUCCACAGCCGGGAGAAGGAGGUCCCUGCCACCGUGUGCUCAGGUUUUGGUUGGCUCCACUCCAAAUUUAUAAGCCUUCGAGGUAAAAACCUUUGGUGACGGAUAUGAGCUCUUGUCCAAUAAGCAGCGGCAGCCUGUUCUCUGCCGCCCGCAGGUCACAGGUGGGGGCGGACCCACACACGCCUGGAAAGGCUCCCGCUCGCUGUUCGACCCAGGUGGGUGUCACUUGUCCCAGUUAAGGCAUGUUGAUAAUUAUACCCAGUGGCACAGUGAGGACUGACUGUUACUUGCAUUUUAAAUCUUUGGUGACUGAAUGUUUACCAAAGAGCAUAUCCGGGCGAGGAAGAGCUGGCAGCCAGGGGCGCUGGUCUGUUCUAAGCUUGGUAGGUGGAGGAGAGUCUCACCACUUGUGCAUUUUAUGAUGGACUCAAGCAGAGAACUACUCCCCUCCCCCAAAGCAGGUGGAACUCGUUGCUGUGGACAGUGCUGAAGGCGAGCUCCCCUCGGACCUACUGCCUCCGCCGUGCUCGGCGGGCGUCAUGUGAUUCUGGUGCGGGCAGCAGAUCUCACAAAACGUCCCUUUAGGAGCAUGUGGCAGAAUGACACGGGGACACGAGGAGACAGAACAGACAUUCACAAGGCAGUUUGUCAGGUUAACACUGUGUUUUCCAAACUGAAUUCCACAGUGCCGUCCGUCACGGAGUCGGCGUGGAACUGCUUUGACGGGGCACAAGGGUUCAAACCAGUCGGCUCACGUGUUGUAACACCGUACGUGCUGAUGUGGACCCAGGGGCUGGCUGAUUGUUCAGAGUUCAAGGGCAACAUGAGUGCUCACGAAUGGGCGAAGUCACCGGGAUUCUGCACCCAGGCGCUUUCUGCUGAUGCCAGGCAUCGUGCGUUGGCAGUUCCCGGGGCGAGAUGGGGCGGCGUCACGCUGAGCUUCCUGUCACUCACUUGUCUGUGCUGUGAAGGGAGGCUCUGUGGCCGAGGGCGGCUGGGGACUGGGCUGUGCCCUGGACAAGGUGUCUGCGGUCAUGGGUUCCCGUGAUGUGUGUUUGCAGGUGACCAGCUCGAGCUUGAUGCCCGGGCCGGAGGGACGCGGUCACUUACAGUUUCAGUGAGAGUUCAGGUGACUCGGAUGCUGGCUCGUGAACCGAGGAGGAGAUGACUCAGCAAAUUGGUUCGUCAUCUCAGGAGAGGAACAGGCCUCCUGUGGUGUGGUCCAUUGGCCUUUUGUCGGAGGAGACUGAGAAUUCUGGUGGGAAAAGGACUUAGAGCAAAAGGAAACAAAUCAUGUUCUUUUUUUAAAGAUUUUAUUCAUUUAUUUUUAGAGGGGAAGGGAAGGAGAGGAGAGAAAUAGCAAUGUAUGGUUGCCUCUCAUGCGUCCCCUGCUGGGAACUGGCCUGCAACCCAGGCAUGUGCCCUGACUGGGAAUCAAACCAAGAUCAUCUGCUUUGCAGGCCCGCGCUCAAUCCACUGAGCUACACCAGCCAGGACACAAAUCAUGUUCUUUUAAAGCAAAUGUGUGUUUCAUGCCGUAGUGCAUAUGUCCGCACUUUUAUCAUUUAACUAAAGUGUUUAUAGCACACGGAACCGGGCUAAUCUUUUCAUUCCUUGCAUAUGGAAGAUAACUAGUGUGAUUUGACUUGAGAAAUCAUUCCUGGGGGGUUCACCAUUUCCAGACAAAGUGCUGGAUGUCAGGUGUGGGUGGCUGCACCUGUCUAGACACACACAGACACCUGGGGGGGCAGGGACAGGGUGCGGGAUGUUAUGUCCCACAGUUCUGUGUGGACUGUCACAGCAAACACUGCCGGACCGGGCAGGCCACGGGGACCAGUUGACUUUGCUCCGUGGGGCAGUUAGGGGAGAAGCCGCAGGGUUGGCACCAGUUGCAUGGACGGCAAAACGGCCCUGAGCAGGACUGUGGACUGGACAGGGCUGGGCAGCGGCUCUUCUGCAGAAUGCGUUCCACGUUCAGUGUGAUGCUCUCCGUCCGCUGUGACACAGUUGGUGAGAAGCGAUUUCCAUCUGGGAUCAGUUGUGAAAUGGAGCUGAUGCACCCAGGACAGCCACUCCCGGUCCUCGGGCAAGGGGACGCGGGGGUACCAGAGGGCCCGAUCUCUGGGUGCGAGGACCAGCGGUGACUUUUCUGUGGUCGAUCAAGGCUCUCUUGGAACCCAAGGGGAUGGGCUGGCGUGUCUUCAAUUUCUUUCUGUUUUCGUUCCCUUGCUGUGUUUGGAACUUGGUGAUUUUAUUUCUGAGUUUCUUUUCCUUCAGGAACACAAACGCUGUGGAAGCCUUUUUGCUACUUAGUUACAAUGGUCUUCUGUAUCAGCUUUGUUACAAAUACCUGAGAAAACAAUCAUCUGCUCCAUUCCUGCUUGCUUCGUUGUUACAACGCUGGUUAUAUUCUGGGGGCAGCAGGUCAGCCACUGGUCUCCUGGGCAACUUCCGCUAAGAGGCUUUGCUCGGGAUGGUCUUUGGGUGUUGCCUCUCCCUGGAGCCGGGCCUCAUCUGUUGUAACACCUCCCGGGGGUGAAUGUAAACAGAAGUGCUACUUUGUGUUCUGUCUUAUUUCAGAUGCCUUCCUAGCUUACAGAAUGUUUUAUUUUUGCAUUAAAAAUGGAUGCUCUUCU